AUGCCUGCACGACGAGUUUCAGGAAACUGCGAAAAGUGCCACAUGCCUUACAAUUCUGCUAGAGCAUUGAGGACCCACUAUGCAAACUCGACUUUUUGCGAGCCCAAGAAAGCAAGAACAGAAGACACUCCCUUAUCGAAUAGUCAAGAACGAUCCCAGGCAAGCAUGCAUUCACAAGACGAUACUCCAACGGCUACCGCAAGUAAUCAAGGAAAUCAGUCAUUACAGCAGCAUGCUGCAGAGCAAAGAAUAGAACUGCCAUCAAUUGAGUCCUUUUCAUACUACAGUAGCUUCACUCUUGAACAAAAGGAAGGCCUUCGACAUGUAUAUGAUCUUGACACCCUCUCUUACGCCACUGAUUUUAAUGAAAGUGAAUUGCUUUCAUUGAAGCUCCGUGACAUAUUCGACAAGUAUCCAGCAUCGAGAGAAAUGAGUCGUGAAAGUAUAUACUUUACAAAUACAAUCAUUAAGAAUAUAGCAGAGGCAGGAGGUGGCACUGAAAGAGGCAUUGUGUUUCCAAAGCUGAUUCAGUUCGAUACUCUAGAGGCGCGCAUGAGAAAGAAGACUGGCGUACAAGCAUUCAUCUACAAGGUCUGUCCUCAAGGCUGCAAAGUUUAUCCCAAGAACGAUACAUCAGUCCAAGGAGUGUGCAAUCACUGUGGAACUCCCAAAAGCGAAGCACAAAAUAUGAAGGUCUUGAGCAUCGGUGAUCAGCUAGCAAGAGUCUUGAGUGACAAGUCCAAACGAGAUGAGCUCAUGUCGUAUCGACGUAACUACCAACAUGAUCCACAUUUUUACCGAGACUACUUUGACGGUCAAGAGUACAUUAACUUUCAACAAAGACGGAAAAGACAUGGCACCAACGUAGAUGAGGAACCUAUUCUGCUUGCCUUGUAUGUCGACGGCUUCAAACCCCAAAGCAACUCUUUUGCUGGCGAUACCUUAACGCUAUUCCACGUUGUAAUUUUGUCAGCCCCUCCACACCUCAGUGAACAUGGCAUGCUGGUUCGAGUGAAUGGUGGUGAAGUUGCCCGAGUAAGCGUUCAUUUGGCAAUGGCGACAGGCGAUCUUGUAGAAGUAUCACAUUUGAUGUUGCAUGGAGGAGUCUCCAGUCAGUUUGGCUGUAUGAAGUGCCUCAUAGACACACAAGGAGGCCAAUGCUUUACUCGCACAAUCAGAAAUUUCCAAUACAGAACUCUCGAACAACUGAAAGCACCACUGCCUGUUGGCGUAAAACAUGUGUUUAACAUCAAAGGACCAUCCAUAUUUACCACUCUCAAGUCUUUUCCUGCCAACCCAUCGUUCUACGGUCUCGACACACUUCACCUACUGAGCAUUGGAUUAGCUAAGCAUUUGUACGAGCUCUUGUCUUCUCCAUUGCAUCCAUCCAAGUUUGAUAACCGAUACAAGCCCUCUAUCGAAGAACUGAAAGAAGCAAAGCUUGAUAAAGCAAGUGCCUGGCCUUACACCUUUGAUUUAGAUCCCAAAGUUCUGGCAAAGAUCGGUCAGUAUGUGGCUCAGUCAAAGAAGACCAUUCCAACUACCUUCAAUGCACCAUUCAACGACAUUUUUGCACCAGGAGGAGUUACCAACUACCGAGCAGUUGACUAUGAAGAGUUCAUGAUUUUCAUUGUUCCAGCCCUGAUAGCACCACACUAUCCUGACUCAAUCAGAAAACCUCUUCUGGGUAUCGUUAAAGUGGCAGCUUUGGUAUUGCAGAAGAAUGAAUUGCAUGCUUCAGACUUACAAUUCAUAGAAGCUAAGGUUAACGAUUGGCACAAACUGCUGAUCACUGAAAUCAAAACCAAACGCCUUCCUAUCAAGACCUUUCGACCAAACGCCCAUUAUUUAGGACACUUGACUUACAUGAUCAAAGCGCAAGGUUUACCGGCUUCGACUUCCAGUCGAUCUAUCGAAAGAUCCAUCGGCAGGUACAAACGCUUGAUAAGUGCUCGCACAAAUGUUGGUAUAAAUGCCGGAAACAUCAUUGAUCGUUUGGCAAUUAUGCGAGCCAUCAAGGCAUCUACAACUGGUGAUGGUACAGGCGAUGGUGAAGACAAACUGAAUGAUCUGGAUGCUCGAAUCAAUCUCUUAGUGCCUCGACGAUACGAUCCAACUACCUUCGUAAAUCUAAAGAAUGACAAUGGCAACGGAAGUCAGCUCUGGUAUCCAGUCAUCCACACAACGGUUUCAAGUAUCCCAACCUCCAUCAACGUCAACACACCUCUUUUUGUCAAGGCUAUACAGUCCUACUACGACCGGCAAUACUCAACUAAUGUUCUGCAGAAUGUCCAUAUCAAUGAUCAACUGGAUAUUGUCGUCUCUGGAAGUGCCUGGGCUUACAACUGCACUUAUCGUUCAGAAUACUAUCGCGAUCUCACCGGUGCUAAUUCUAGAGGAAGCCACUACAUCAUGGUAUGGGCAGAACACUUGAGUAACUCUCGUCGCAAGGUCAAAGCUUUCUAUGUAGGGGCUGUUAUUUUCAUGUUCAAGCUCGAAAUUGAGGGGAUUGGCGAUGAGUUGUUCUUGCUUAUUCGAUUAGGAAAGACUCAUGCUGUUGACGACAAAGACAAGACGAUGCCCAUAGUGGAGCUGGAUGAUGACCAGGAUUCAUCCGCAUAUCUGGUGUGCACAUUUGAGCAGGUCAUUUGCCAAGUUGGUCUGAUGCGUUUUAGCGAGAAUGACAAGAGAUAUAAAGUGAUAACGAAGGAAAAGGUUUUCCGGGCCUCGAUAGAGACUUAUAAACCUGGAAAAAACUCAUUUGUGCUACCUCAAUAA